UCGAGAGAUUACGUCCUGCUAAAAAACAAAAGUGGGUCGGGGGCGUUUCCAUGUGCGGAUCACUGGAUGGAUGCAACAGAGUUAAAUUAAUUACAUUAAUCCUUACGGAGUCCACCCUCGUGUUUUACGCUGGCUCAACAUCAUCCAAAGGCUCCAUUACGUGGCAUUCCUCCUGUCAGGAGAACAGGAAUGAAGUCGAACAGUCAAACACUCAAACACAGAUCCUUACAUGACACAGAGAAGGAAUUUGGAGGAACCCUGGGUGCCAUAUGCAUUCCCAUCUUCCUUCCGCUGACUGUGCUAUUCCUGAUCUGUGUGAGUCAAUCUCCUGAGGCCAGUGUGCUCCAGUGGCCUCCUCCCCUCCCCACCACUGCCCGGCUGUGGGACCUGCUGGCCCCUGUGCUUGUGCUGGGCUGGAUCGCUGUGCAUGCCCUCCUCUAUAAGAUGCCAUUAGGAAAGGUAUCUGAAGGUUUAGUGCUGAGUGAUGGAACGCGCCUCAAGUAUCCAAUAAAUGGCUUUCAUGGCCUAUGCAUCAGCGGUGUGCUGUUGAUGAUGUUAUUGGGGCUCGGAGCUCCUCUGGGGUAUCUGUUUGAGCUGCUGUUGCCUCUGGCAGUGUGUGCAAUAGCAUUGUCAUUUCUAUUCUCUGUCUACCUCUACAUGCGCUCCUUCUGGGCUCCUCCUGAUGCUCUUGCUUUGGGGGGAAACACAGGAAGUCCCCUGUAUGAUUUCUUCAUUGGAAGGGAGCUAAACCCCCGGAUUGGAAACUUUGACCUUAAAUAUUUCUGUGAGCUCAGACCGGGUCUGAGUGGUUGGGUGGUUAUAAACCUUGGCAUGUUGAUGAGAGAAGUGGAGAUUCGAGGUUCCCCCUCCCUCAGCAUGAUACUGGUCAACAGUUUCCAGCUGCUGUAUGUGGCAGAUGCGUUAUGGAAUGAGGAGGCUAUACUGACUACCAUGGACAUUGUGCAUGAUGGUUUUGGCUUCAUGCUGGUCUUUGGAGACCUGGCCUGGGUUCCCUUCACAUACAGCCUGCAGGCAGCCUUUCUGGUCAUGCACCCACAAGCCCUAAGUGUACUGGGAGCAGCAAUUAUAGUUGCACUGAACGGUAUAGGGUAUUAUAUUUUCAGAAAAUCCAACUCACAGAAAAACCAGUUCAGACAAGACCCUACACACUCAAGUGUUGCAAGACUGGAGACCAUCGGCACAGCAACAGGGAAGCGGCUGCUGGUAUCUGGCUGGUGGGGUCUCGUGCGUCAUCCCAAUUACUUGGGUGACCUCCUCAUGGCCCUUGCAUGGUCCCUUCCAUGUGGAUUCUCACAUCUUCUGCCUUAUUUCUAUGUCAUAUAUUUCACCGUGUUGCUGAUUCACCGAGAGGCCCGAGAUGAGAGACAGUGUAGGGCCAAAUAUGGACUAGCAUGGGACACCUACUGUCAACAUGUGCCCUACAGGAUCUUCCCUUAUAUAUACUGAGCAGGAACGCGGAUGGGUAGAACAGGACCAAAGAGUCACACGAUAUCCUACAUACAAACCUAGCAAUAAAAUGUAACUGUAGUGUGUCCUUGACUGUAUGGAUCCAUAAUAACCGGUGCUGCUACUGGGAAUCUGCAGGGGGCUGACAAUUGUAAUCAGCUUUGAUUUGUAAGUAGAGUUGUUUUUGGCGGCCUGUUUUAACUUUAGUUUUAGUCUAGUCUUUGU